AUAAGUUUUGACAAUCAGUUCUAAUUUCUUGAAGAGUGCAGAAAUAAAUCAACAUGUGGGCAGCUCAAAUACUUCUUGUGUGCUUAUCAGCCACCGUAGCUUUGGCUGCUAUUGGAUCAUGUCCUACUCCUAAAGUUCAAGCAGACUUUGAUUUAGAGAAGUUUGCAGGUACAUGGUACUUAUUGGAAGCUUCUGCUUCUGUUGACAGAGUGGGCAAAAGAUGUAACACUUAUAUUGUUGAAAAGAAAGAACGAAAUCACGCUUCUCUCCUCCACAAAUAUAUGUCAUCUGUCACAGAAAAAUGGAAGUCCGAAUACUCUGAUAUUUCCACUCCAAAGAGCAAAGAACCAGCAAAACUUUCGGUAACUCCUCUCAAGGGAACAAUUCUAGCCAGAAAAUGGGACUUAUGGGUCAUUGAUACUGACUAUGAUUCAUAUGCUAUCUUGUAUUCCUGCAAGAAACUCGUACUUGCCUACACAGAGGAAAUCUUCAUCUUAUCUAAAACAAGAACUCUUGAAGACUCUAAAAAGACUCAACUUUACGACAUUUUAAGAAAACGAGACUUAAACCAAAAGAAUUUGGUAACAAUCAACCAAAAUGAGAAAGAUUGCAAGGAAUAAAACUAGCUAUUAUACAAUAUUGAUGUUCAAUUAAAAAGAAAUCAAUAAAAAUGAAUAUAAAAUUUUA